AAGUCCAGAUUGAGGCUGUAGUAGGAAAAGUGAAGUCAAUAGUGCUCACAGGCCACUCCAUAGGCGGAACAGCAGCCUCUCUUUCAGCUCUAUGGCUGCUCUGUCAUCUGCACUCCACCAUGUCAUCUCCAAUGUCGGUGCUAUGCAUUACAUUCGGCUCUCCGUUGCUUGGCAACGAAGCCCUCCAACGAUCGAUUCUCCGCCAAAGAUGGGGUGGAAACUUUUGCCAUGUCGUUUCCAACCACGACAUCAUGCCGAGGCUACUACUCUUUACUGAAACAAUGAACCACAUUUCCAUAAUACAAUCCUGGCUGCAUUUCUGGCACUACUGCAUGGCUUCUCCACACGUUAUUGCUGAUGGCAUUUCUUCUCAACUACCCCAAGAUCUAAAAACUAAUGUUUUUCAAUGUGUUUUAAAGGACUUGGAAGUGUUAGCACGUGCUGAAGAUCUGUCGGCCGAGAGUUCAUUUUGGCCUCUUGGGAGCUAUGUUUUUUGCAGCCGAGAGGGUGCCGUUUGUGUCAAAAAUGCGACGUCUAUUAUUCGGAUGAUGUAUUUGAUGAUGGCAAUGAGUUCUUUAAGUUGCUGCAUCGAGGAUCAUCUCAUGUAUGGAGACUAUGUAGGGAAUGUUUCUAAACAGUUUUUGAAGGCCAAAAGCUUUCAUGAAAAUGGUGAGGGCAUACCUGAUUCGAAUUUUGAAGCUGGUGUGGCAUUGGCAUUGCAGUCAUCUGAUUUGACCUACAAGGAACCAGUUCAAGUUCAAGAACUUUGCUUUUCCAUGCAAACCAGCUCGAAUCUGAGGGAAAAUGUAGCAGUUAUAGCCAAGGAGUGCCAGCAAAUGGGUCAAAACGAUCAUAGGCCAAAUCUGACUGCAGCUAACUUAGCAAUAAGAUUGUCCAAGUUAGUUCCUUUCAGAGCAGAAAUCGAGUGGUACAAAGCAUGUUGCGACGAGGCUGAUGACCAAAUGGGUUACUACGAUUCCUUCAUGCGCAAGACAGGCUCUAGAAGAGAAGCCAGAGUCAACAUGAACCGCCAUAAGCUUGCUUCAUUCUGGGAUAGUGUAUUCUCCCUGUCGUAAAACAAGAAGUUGCCUUGCGAUUUUGACAGGAAGGGGAAAUGGGUGAACUCUUCUCUGUUCUAUAUGCUUCUCGUCGAACUGCUCAACAUCGCGGACUAUUACCGGACCGGGAUGCACUGUGAACGUGGGCACUACAUAGAGAAUGGAAGACAAUGGAGGUAUGAAAUAUUUGACAAAUGGAGGAGGAUUAGGAGCCUUCAAAUUGAAGAAAGCAAGAGGAGUAAGUUUGCUAGUGUGACACGAUCCAUUGAUUUGGGCAAAGG